AUGGCCUCGGCUUCCCCAACACCACUCACGAACCCUGUCGAGACCCUGGCCUCUGAACUUAAGCAGCUCCGCAUCAAGAGUCCAGAGAGGCCUGUCUCGCGCCGUCGCCAUGGCCGCUCGUCCUUCGAGACUGACUCUUCUUGGGAACCCCUCGAGGCCAUCAAGGAGACCUGCGAGCCCGACGACGCAGACACAAGCGGCAACGCCCUGUAUUUCCAAGACUUGUUGGAGGCACAAGUCUUCCGCGCUGUCGGCCCUGACGGCAUCAACGCAGCUGGCCCGAAGCAAGACCUCCUCCACGACUACCCUUUCCUCGCCAGCAUCGCAAGGCACUGCAACGGUCGAUUCGACUACGUCUUGUCGGUUCCCGAAUCCGCAAUUGGCGACGGCCGCGGCACCUGCAGUCCUCCCAACGACAGGACCAUCCGCUAUGGCUGCAACCUGCUGAUUGAGAGGAAGGAAACAAGCGCAAGGACUCUUUGCGAGGGUCAUACAAAUAUCGUGUACACUGUGUUGAGCACGGAGCUUCUUGGGCAGGAGGAUCUGCACCACCAGCUGCGGCAUUCAUAUGAGGGCGGGAAGAUGAACUUCACGGAGCCUAUCGUCCGGGUCACAUCGCCUCCAGCGGCAGAUAACCUGGUUGGGGAGGUGGUCGACAUUUUUAUUCCCAAGCGAUCCGAGCCCGCAAGUGAAACGUUGGCCGAGAAGCUGGCGGGCAUCGUAUUGCCCGACGACUGCUAUGCGAACUGCAAACAGGUGCGAAAGUGUUCGGGAUCGACCGAGGGGACAUCCAGCUCGGUGCUGACGCCAACACGCUCGGCGUCGCUUGCCUCUUCGUAUGGACGCAUAGAAGAUUCUGUCGAGGCCCUGGACAAGCUCGAGGAUGAGCUCGAAGAGCUAGACGCCGCCACGCGCGUCGACCACUUUGUGUCCCCUAAGAAGAACAAGCGAAGGUCCCUGAUGACAAUGGGUGAGGCACCGCGCAUCGACCGAAUUGAGCUCAAGAGGUCAUCUUCAGUCACGCACGGGUCCGCAGGCAGGUCAGCCACGGUACGCGUCAAGCCGACAGGAUUGCGACCGACGCUUCCGACGCUCCGAAAGUCCGCGUCAUUGACAGGCCUUGCAAGGGACGCGUCGGAGGGCGUUGCGGCAGUAUGUGAAGGGGGCGUGUCGGCCCCAGCAACUUGCCGCAAGCCGGUCGCUGCCAGGCCUCCCAGUCUGAACCCUCCCAAGGCGGCUGUCAAGUCUGCCAAGGCGCCGACCAAGGCAAGCUUUGAACUCCCAGGCGAGGCCGUAGCCCGAAGAAUCAAGGAGCAGAGGGAGGCUCGCCGAGCGGCGGCGGCGGCGGCGGCGGCAGCGCUGGCGAGCCCUGACAAGACGACAGCGACCACGACACCAAUGCCUCAGCGAUCAAGAUCUAUCAAGGCACCGACCCGGCCGAAUUUCGAGCUACCCGGCGAGGCCAUCUCGAGACGGAAGCGAGAGCAGAGAGAAAAGGAACUGCGAGAGCAGGAAGAGGCGGAAAAGAAGCGGCGAGAGUUUCGUGCGCAACCGGUGCGCGUCAAUCCAGCAGCCAGCACGUUCCCCCGCGAAACAGCUGCGAGUCGCGCUCGUCGUGUCAAGGCUGGCGCGGGAGUGGAAGAGAACGCGCCGCUCGCUCGCUCAACGUCCGUGACGACAACGUCCACGGCCUUGAAGCGCAUGUCGAUGGUGUCGGGAGGCACAGGUGGGCCUGCACUCGCAAGGGCGGCUAGCACGUCGUCAAGGCCCCGCGGUCGAGAUGUCGCUGUGUCGUCGGAUCAGCCAUUGGCCAGUCGGGGUACGUCGAGCUCGACACUCAGCGGAAGCGGCACCAGCAGCGGCAUGAGCAGCGGCAUGAGCAGCGGCAUGAGCAGCGGCACCAGCAGCAGACGCAGCGCCGUGUCGGUGGAGGAGGUGCAGCGACAGAGGCUCCGUGGUAAGGUGAUUUACGAGCAAGACAACUGCUACGUCGAGGAGCGCGAGCGCGAGCGGCGGGAGCGCGAGGUGUCAGCUAAGAGAGCCCGCGAGGAAGCUGCUGAACGCUCUAGGCAGGCAAGCCGAGCGUGGGCUGAGAAGCAGAAACGACGCCUGACGGCAAGCUUCCAAGGUUGA